UUGUCAGUUUCAAGUUGCGCCUUGUCCUCUGCGCCUGUUUGGCCUCCUUCACUCACGCCGCGGCCUUCUUCGCGAGGGAAUCUGGACUUACUAACAAACAUGGCUCCUUUCCCACGACACAUGAGUGGAUUAUAAACAUUCGAACGCUCAAGAAUGAAAAUGCCUGAGGCAGGGAGUUAGAACCCUCCACCGAAGAGAGAAACAGACAGCGUCAUCCAGGGCUGGGGUUAGACUCAGGGACCCCUGUAGGGGGGGGAGGUGGAGGGCCCUAUCAACCUGGUGUGAGUCUGGACCAUGGGUGAUGGAGGUGUCGGUGCAACUGGAGGAGAAGGGGUCAACCGAUCCCAUGUCUUGUUUGACAACUUUGUCCAGGCGACCACAUGCAAGGGCACGCUCAAGGCCUUCCAUGAGCUGUGUGAGCAUCUGGAAGUCAAGCCCACUGAUCAGAGGGUUUUUUACCACAAGCUCAAAACCAAACUCAACUACUGGAAGGCCAAAGCUCUUUGGGCCAAGUUAGACAAGAGGGCCAGCCAAAAGGAGUACAAGAAGGGCCGUGCCUGUACCAACUCUAAGUGUCUGAUCAUUGGCGCUGGGCCAUGUGGCUUGCGAACAGCCAUCGAGCUUGCCUUCCUGGGGGCCAAAGUGGUGCUGUUGGAGAAGAGGGAUGCUUUCUCCAGGAACAACGUGUUGCACCUUUGGCCAUUCACCAUUCAGGACCUCAGAGGCCUUGGGGCCAAGAAGUUUCAUGGAAAGUUCUGCGCCGGUGCCAUUGAUCAUAUCAGUAUUCGUCAGCUUCAGCUAAUGUUGCUCAAAGUCGCUCUCCUCGUGGGAAUUGAAAUCCAUGUUAAUGUGGAAUUCAAGGGUUUAAUUGAACCUCCUGCAGAUCAGGAGAGUGAAAGGAUAGGCUGGAGGGCCGAGGUACACCCCAGGACACACCCUGUCAAUGAGCUGGAGUUUGACGUCAUCAUUGGAGCAGACGGAAGGAGAAACACACUACCAGGGUUUCGACGCAAGGAGUUUCGUGGAAAGCUUGCUAUCGCCAUCACAGCAAACUUCAUUAACAGGAACACGACAGCAGAGGCAAAAGUUGAAGAGAUCAGCGGCGUCGCCUUCAUAUUUAAUCAGAAGUUCUUUCAAGACCUCAGAGAAGCAACAGGUAUUGACCUGGAAAACAUUGUCUACUAUAAGGAUGACACACACUACUUUGUGAUGACUGCCAAGAAACAAAGCCUGCUAGAGAAAGGAGUCAUUCUGCAUGACUAUGCAGACACAGAGAUGCUGCUGUCGCGAGCGAAUGUGGACCAAGUCGCUCUUUUGUCUUACGCCCGCGAGGCUGCAGAUUUUUCAACAAACCACCAGCUGCCCUCGCUCGAUUUUGCCAUCAACCACUACGGCCAGCCUGAUGUCGCCAUGUUUGACUUUACUUGCAUGUAUGCAUCGGAGAACGCCGCCAUGGUUCGUCAGCGCAAUGACCACAAACUACUGGUGGCGCUUGUGGGAGACAGCUUAUUAGAGCCUUUUUGGCCCAUGGGUACUGGCAUUGCCCGUGGUUUCCUGGCAGCCAUGGACUCAGGAUGGAUGGUGAAGAGCUGGGCUCAGGGAAAAACGCCGUUAGAGGUUCUGGCUGAGAGGGAGAGUAUUUAUCGUCUACUGCCCCAGACGACGCCAGAAAAUGUCAGCAAGAACUUCAGUCAGUACAGCGUGGAUCCUACCACUCGUUACCCCAACGUUAGCCUUAACUUCCUCAAACCCAGCCAGGUACGGCACUUGAUCGACACAGGAGAAUCCAGAGAGCUGCGCGUUGAAAUAGAAAAUGUGAUCAACUCAUCGACACCAAAGUUGGCCAGGAAUGACUAUUGCCUGCUUGACAAGCAGUUGCAAGAAUCCAUAGUUCGAUCCAGUAAACUUCUUAACUGGUGUCAGAGGCAAACAGAAGGAUAUCGAAAUGUUUGCGUAAAGGACCUCACUAUGUCAUGGAAGAGUGGUCUGGCCCUGUGUGCGCUCAUUCACCGAUACAGGCCAGAUUUUAUUGAUUUCGAUUCCCUGGAUGAACGAGACCAAGAAAAGAACAACCAGUUGGGUUUUGACGUGGCAGAGAGGGAAUUUGGCAUCUCACCCUGCAUGACUGGCAAAGAGAUGUCUACUGUCGUGGAGCCUGACAAACUUUCUAUGGUCAUGUACCUUAGCCAGUUCUAUGAGAUGUUUAAGGACACAGUGCCACCUGGAGAUAAUCAAAAUCUGAGUCCAGAGGAGAAGGCUGUACUAAUGACAAGCACUAAAUCACCCAUCUCCUUCUUUAGCAAGCUUGGUCAGAGCAUUGCAAUCUCAAGGAAACGUAACCCCAAGGACAAGAAAGAGAAGGACAUGGACGGUUUGGGGAAGAGAAGGAAAACCAGCCAGUCUGAAGACGAGGAAGUAUCCAAGGCUGCUCGUGAAGACAGACAGGCCAAUGUACCAGCUCUAUUGGCAGAGAGGAAAAUGGAUUCCGCUGCUGUAGGGAACAACAAUAAAGUCAAGGUCAUGGCUACCCAGCUGCUUGCCAAGUUUGAGGAGAAUGCGCCCGCUCACGCCUCAGGACUUAUGAGACAGGGGGAUUCUCUGCCCAAUCUGGACUGCUUUUUGCCCCAUUCUCCGCCCAAACCCCUUGAGCCAGUGCGCCUGGCACCUGUCCCAGCUUGGAGAAAGAGACGCACACAGCAGCAGGAGCAGCUGAGCAUUCGAUACAAAGAAAAGAUCAAGUGUCAGACCCUGCCCAACAGAGGGGAGCAGGCAAGAAGUGGUCCCGACCAAGCCUACAGCUCAGGCUCUCGGAGCUGCCCAAAGAAAACCAUUUUGCUUCUUUCCUCUUCCUCCUCCACUUCCUCGCUCUCUCUUCACACUGAGCAUUUUAGUGUUACUCCAGAAGAAGAGGAGCUUGAAUACUACGAGAAGCCUGUGAAUUAUGGGGACUGGAAGCCCUUGCACCUGAAUGACCCAGGACCUAUUCAUGUACCUGGUAUACAGGAGAGGGCCGACCGCCUUUUCUCCAAGUUUAAGGGGAAAGCUGACAUGCCACCAAAGCCUAAGAAAAAGCCAUCCCGUUUCUUUUUAGAGCAGUGGUACUUGUCACGAGACCUCGUUGAGCAUCCGAAUUCAGGCCAUUCCUCUUGUAGAAAGAAACCAGUGAAGUCUUUGCGUUCGUCUGAGCCAGUGCCCUUAUAUGUGCUUAGUAUUGAGGAGAGGGCUGAGCAACUUGCCUCUCAGUUGGAGGGCAAGUCAACCGGAUUAAAGCCUAAGAAAAAACCUUCACGUUUUUUCAUGGAACAAUGGCACCUGGCUCGAGCCCAAAGUUCCCCUGAUUCCACUCCUUCUUCUGACACUUCAAGACAGCGCUAUAUACGGAUGUACACAGGGGGUGUUAGCUCAUUGGCUGAGCAGAUAGCCGGUCAGCUUCAGUCUCAGGAAGAGUCCAAACCAUUACCUGAGAAACGAGAUUUGGGAUCCCUCAGGAAAGAGUUUCCCGUCAACAUCGGCGGCAGCGACGUUUGCUUUUUCUGUCGCAAGAGAGUGUACGUGAUGGAGAGGCUGAGUGCAGAAGGGAAAUUCUUCCAUCGCAGCUGUUUCAAGUGCGAUUAUUGUGGCACCACGCUCCGACUGUCCUCCUAUGCUUUCGACGUUGAAGAUGGAAAGUUUUACUGCAAGCCGCACUACUGUUACCGACUGUCUGGCUAUGCUCAAAGAAAGAGGCCUGCGCCUUCGUCCUCUCCAGCGCCAACCACCAAGGAGAACCAAGAGCCCAUUACUCCUACGUUGAUGGUAGAUGCCCCUGGCAGGGCGGUGGCCGCAGCAUCCCCCUCAGCUGAACUCCGGCCCUCAGUGCCGGAGGUCAAUGGCCUGCAAGAACCAACUUUGGCCAAACGGCUUCGCGCCACACCGGAGCGCAUUGAGCUGGAGAACUACCGACUGUCCAUGCAGAGGGAGGAGGAGUUGGAGGAGGUGCCGGAGGAGACGCUGGCGGAACAUAACCUCAGCAGUGUUCUGGACAAAGCCACAGAUGUAGACCUGGGAUCCAGCAGCUCAGAGUCCGACACGGACGAGGAGGACGAGCAGGAGGAUCAGGACGAGGUGGAGGUUGAGUUGGAGGUAGAGGAGCAACUUCCCAGCGCCUCAGACCUUGGAGGGGUUCCCUGGAAGGAGGCUGUGCAGCUCCACGCUAAACUUAGGGGUGACGCCUGCGAGGAUGAGGCUCUGGCUGAGCUUGAUGAAGACGAGGAAGAAGAUGAAGAUGAUGAUGCGUCAAGUGAAGAGGGGGAUUACUGCCCAUGGGACAGGGAGCUCCAGUCAGGCCUAUGGCUGGAGAAGUACCUCACGGAUGAAGACCAUGUCGGUACUUUUAAAGCCAAGAACCUACAAAUUCAACAAGUCCUGCAGCCUUUGGAUCCUCUUGAAAUUCCAGGUGUAGGGGGAACAUGUCCGGACUCAGAGGAAGACAGGUGUGGCCAGCUGGCCUCAACCUCCCAGCCCAUUGAGCCCUCGCAGACCUUUUUCACAGCCCCUGUCCACACAUCUGCGCGGCACGAUGCAGUGCGAGUCUGGUUGGAGUCAAUGUCUGGAGAGCCCUGUGAAGAUGAUGAUUUGGAAGCAGAAGCAGAUAGUCCCGAUAUAGAGCCUGGGACUGAAAUGGAUCAAGAUGACAUCCCCUCUGAUGCUGAAGCUGAGGCUCGUUUGAACCCAUCAGUGCACACUGAAGCUGUUCCACAGGAGGACAAUAUAUUUGACAGUCUGGCAAUGCCUUCAAAUAUUGAACCGCCCAGCACUGAACCCAUGCAAAAAGAAGACAAUGCCGUCUUAUCUCCGGUCGUACCUUCACCAGAGCCUGAUAAACGGGCUAAGUCUCCAGAAUGCUCUUUCCCAGAACCAGUGGUUUCUGAGGAACCAAAAGUUGAAAGGAUAACACCUUCACCAGCGUCCAGGAGCCCGGUUUUUCCUUCACCUACAUCUGUCCUUGAUCCUUCCCCUUUCACCCCUCCAACGGUUCCCUAUGUCAAGGCCCCUGUUUCACCCCUCACCAUCGGCUCUCCGGUCAGUCCAGCUGUCAACAGCCCCAUAAGAUCCCCUGUAAUAACCCCUGUUGGAACCCCCAUCUGCUCCCAGCCCACCCCACUACCAGAGACAUGCACACCUACGUCACCCAUCUACCCCCAUCGAUCCAUUUGCCCUCUCACAGGCAACCUACUUUCCCCAAUUUGUGCCCAGCCAAUGCCCUGCCAGGAACCUUCAUCACCGCAGGCCUCUGAUUCUCCAGUCAGAUCCCAGCCUAUCCCAAAUGUUACUUCAACACCGAUGGCCAGAACUGACCGAGCUUCACCUGACCAUUCACAGUCUGAGGACCUCUCAACUGAUGAAUCUUUUUCAAAAAAGACUGAUAUCAUUGAGGAGUUUUGGUUAAAGAGUGCAGAGAUCCGAAAAAGUCUCGGUCUGUCGCCUUUAGAGCGCAGCAGUAAACUAUUUGAGAAGAGUGAUGUAAAAACGCCAACACAAGACUCCAGCCCUGCCAAGACCCAGUCUCCGGAAGUGUUAGAGGACCCGAAACCUGCUUUAACUGGACGUACUGUGAUUCGGAGACUCAACAUCACUCUUGAGGGUCAAGUCAUUACUCCAAUUGCUCCUGUGGAAGGCUCUGAAAAGAAAGAACUCAGCCGCAGCUCAGACGAUGACCUAAAUGAGAGUAUGGCCACAAGUCAAACGGUAAACAGUGACAGCUGUAACACCUCUGACUCCAUAAUGCUGACCCCACCCUCCAGUCCACCACCUCCCGUGCCUGCUAAUCAGUCCCCAGCGAUAUUCAGGCAGCAAAAACAUCAGGUCUCUUGGAGCAAUAGGACAGAAAAUAAGCCACACGGGCAUGCCAAAGAACUACCAAAAACAAAGACUCCAGUUCCUGCACAGCGAACCCAACUGAGUCCUGUAUCGGCACCUAAACCUGCAACCAGGAAAGUGCUGACGCCACCAGCAGACUUAAUAGAAACCCCAGUUGUUAUCAUGAGGGAGAAAAAGAAGCCACGCUCGGAGGAGUUGAGGAAGUCCUUUGUAGAGACAGUGGAAGAGAUUCCAUUCGCCGAUGAUGUGGAAGAGAACUUUGAUGAACGGACACCAGAAACCAGCAUGAAUAAAUUCUACACACCACCUACUAGCAGGGCCAGAGACAAACCUCCUUUGCAUCUGGCUUUAGCCAUGGAAAAUGGUAAACCGAAUAUCCCUGUCAACUCCGCCUCUAGGACACAGCGGGCCACUCAGUUCUCUCCAGAGGCCAAAGAGAUUGCUGAGGAGAGGAUGAGAGCAAGAGAAAAGUCCAUCAAGAGCCAAGCUCUCAAAGACGCAAUGGCCAAGCAGCUAAAUAAAAUGAAAGAGUCAAACGUAGAAGAGGGUGGCUCAACAAAAGUGGCUUGGAGUGCUACCCCAGAGGUUGUCGGGAAAAGUAAGAAGUCUUCAGAAUCUCCAAAGACAUCUGCAGUAAAAGCUCUGGAAUCAAAGAAAGCUGAGACUCUACCUGAGCGUCUCUUCAGUAGCAACAGGAGUCUGGACAGCUCUGUGGCGUCCUCUGACAGCUCGUCCACGAGUAAGAGCAAGAAACGAAGUUCACUUUUUUCACCUCGCAAAAAGGAGAAGAAGGCCAAGAACGACGGCAGCCGACCCCCUGGGACAGACGAGACACCACCCAAACACAAAUCUUUGUGGAAGGCUGUUUUCUCAGGGUACAAGAAAGACAAAAAAAAGAAAGAAGACAAAUCAUGUCCCAGUACACCAUCGUCCAGCUCCACCACACAAGACUCUGGAAAGAAGAGAGCCUCGCCUCUUGGAAAGUCAUCAGACAUAAGGACCCGCAGAAACUUGAGCUUUUCUGAGGAAUCGGAUCUGUCAUGUGACGACGUACUGGAGAGAUCAUCCCAGAAAUCAAAGGCAGAUCGACAUACGGACAUCUUUGACCUAGUAUCAGGCAUGCAGAUGGAGGCAUUGAAGGAGGAGAAACUGGACAAAGAGAGGAGGAGGGAAUUCAAAGAAAAGAAAACAGUGAAAGAAAUGCAUAAACAAAGAGAACGGGAAAAAGAGUGUGAUCGUGAAAAGGGAAAAGACGAUGAGGAGUCUGUUUAUGUCCCUCAUGCACUGGCGUUCAAGAGAUCGUAUGCCUCAAAGAAAACCUACACAGAGGAAGAGCUCAACGCCAAGCUGACACGUAGAGUCCAGAAAGCUGCUCGACGACAAGCCAAGCAAGAAGAACUCAAGAGGUUGCACCGUGCCCAGAUUAUCCAGAGGCAGUUGGAGCAGGUGGAGGAGAAACAGAGGCAGCUGGAGGAGAAAGGUGUUGCUGUGGAGAAGGCAUUGCGAGGGGAAGCAGGAUUGUACAAAGGUACUUAUACAUUACCCAAACAGCACAAAAGAAGAUCAGACUAUUGGGGAGAUUCUAAUUACAGUGAAAUCCUGGACUUGCAUCUGGGCGUCCCCCGCUCUCUUUCCCCCUGUCUUGUGGAAGUUGAGCCCUUUGUGGGGACGCAACGUCGGAGACCUCUCCCCUUCUGCCUCUGCUGUUCCCCUGAAGGCAUGGGCAAGAAGGAUGAUCCCAAACUAAUGCAGGAGUGGUUCAAGCUAGUUCAGGAGAAGAACGCCUUGGUCCGCUAUGAAUCAGAGCUCAUGAUAUUCGCCAGAGAAUUGGAGCUCGAGGACCGACAGAGUCGACUGCAGCAGGAACUCAGGGAGCGAAUGGCUGUGGAAGACCACCUGAAGACUGAGAAGGAGCUUGCACAGGAGAAGCAGAUCUUAAACGAAAUGCUGGAUGUUGUGGAGCAGCGUGAUGCCCUGGUGGCCCUCCUAGAAGAACAAAGACUUCGAGAGAAGGAGGAAGACAAGGACCUGGAGGCUGUGAUGCUCUCCAAAGGCUUUAACCUCAAUUGGGUUUAAUGAGAGUCAACUAAUUGCCCGCAAUGAGCUUGUGUAAGGUCUUCUUUGAUCCGUUGAUCUGAAACCUUCUCAUCUGCAGCAGUGUACAGUUUGCCGAUACGCGAACACAACAUCCGUCGCUGCUGAUAUCCCGGUUGAGGUUCCCUUCAGCGUACACGCACCCUCAGCCUACAGGCGGUCCCGGUUAAUCACUUUGCAGGUUUGUUGCUGGCUCCGUGGGUGGAGCGACGGUUUGUUCACAACUUUAUCAUCACAGCCUCGAUGCUGGCACCUUUGGGAGCAUGUUUAAAGACUUGUCUGAUUCAAAAUGUCCUAAAGGGAACUUUGCAAUUUGGUCCUGCUGAUGUAAAGGUUUUUUUUUUUUUGUAAAUAGUUGUGCAGAAGCAGCCACAUUUUACAGAAAAUCCCGUCUUUUCUGAAAACAUACAAGACCGCAGGAAGACGGCCUUUCUACUCACUGACUUCUUCAUCCCAGUCAUUCACAAACACAACUUACCACUAAUAAUCAGUUUCAUGUAUUUGUUAGCGUCUUUGUUGCUUUUGUCAGAUCUGCAUUUAUUUGUUGCAUUCACACAGUAGUGCCCACGAUGUCUGGCAUUUGCACUUGUAUGUGAGACACACACGUAUAUAAGCCAUUGUCUGAAGACUGCGGCCGUGAUCCGUCACAGGCGUUUUGUUGGUUCAUGAAUGCAAAGACACAAAGUACGGACGUCAUACACGACCCACUUGCCACUUUACGAGAUGCACAGAGGACGUGUAAUGAUUCACCAUCCUUUUUAUGGUUUUGUUUUUUAGCCCCUGCAAAGCAAUGAAAGGACUAUACAGGAUUUGUCCACGGCCCGUCACAUUUGCUAGCAGCCUUAUUAAUUUUUAAAGAUCAAAGUGAUGCAUGUUGACUGUCAGCCCUGUAAAAGUCCAUAGGAAAGUUUUUCAUUGUAAAGGAGAAGGCAGUUCAAAGGUCAAAUCAGUCAACCAGUCUUCCACCGAUGUCAGGAGCCUGAAUCAAAUCAUUGUGAUCUAGAAUGCUUGGUGUAGCCAUUGAUAUUUAUAUUUAUUUUAUCUUCCAAAUGAUUGGCAGGCCAACACAAGGCUUGUUUGCCUUGGUUUUUAGAAUUGUUGCCGUAUUUAUGGUUAAACCGGCCAUACUUUUAUUACGCCCCAUGUAAGAGACUAAGGGCCUGAUCUGUUAAGAUCCAAAUAACGUGCUAAAUUGUGUGUGCAACCUAUGCAAUUUGUGUGUGCUAUUAGUUACAUACAAACCCCGUUUCCAUAUGAGUUGGGAAAUUGUGUUGGAUGUAAAUAUAAACGGAAUACAAUCAUUUGCAAAUCCUUUUCAACCCACAUUCAGUUGAAUGCACUACAAACACAAGAUAUUAAGAUGUUCAAACUCAAACUUUAUUUUUUUGGGAAAUAAUAAUUAACUUAGAUAUUCAUGGCUGCAACACGUGCCAAAGUAGUUGGGAAAGGACAUGUUCACCACUGUGUUACAUCACCUUUUCUUUUAAAAACACUCCAUAAACGUUUGGGAACUGAGGAAACCAAUAGUUGAAGCUUUGAAAGAGGAAUUAUUUACCAUUUUUGCUUGAUGUACAGCUUAAGUUGUUCAACAGUCCGGGGUUUUGUCGUAUUUUACACUUCAUAAUGCGCCACACAUUUUCGAUGGGAGACAUGUCUGGACUGCAGGCGGGACAGGAGAAUACCAGCACUCUUUUAAUACGAAGCCACGCUGUUGUAACCUGUGGAUUGUCAUUGUUUUGCUGAAAUAAGCAGGGGCGUCCAUAAAAACGUUGCUUGGAUGACAACAUAUGUUGCUCCAAAACCUGUAUGGACCAUUCAGCAUUAAUGGUGCCUUCACAGAUGUGUAAAUUGGGCACUAAUACACCCCCAUACUAUCAGAGAUGUUGGCUUUUGAACUUUGCGCCUCUAACAAUCCGGAUGGUUAUUUUCCUCUUUGUUCCGGAGGACACCAAGUCCACAGUUUCCAAAAAUAAUUUGGAAUGUGGACUCGUCAGACCACAGAACACUUUUCCACUUUGCAUCAGUCCAUCUUAGAUAAGCUCGGGCACAGCGAAGCCGGCGGCGUUCCUUGGUGUUGUUGAUAAAUGGCUUUCGCUUUGCAUAGUAGAGUUUCACCUUGCACUUACAGAUGUAGCGACCCACUGUAUUUACUGACAGUGGUUUUAUGAAGUGUUCCUGAGCCCAUGUGGUGAUAUCCUUUACACACUGAUGUCGGUUUUUGAUGCAGUACCGCCUGAGGGAUCAGAGGUCCGUAAUAUCAUCACUUCAGUGCAGUGAUUUCUCCAGAUUCUCUGAACCUUUUGAUGAUUCUACAGACCGUAGAUGGUAAAAUCCCUAAAUUCCUUGCAAUAGCUCGUUGAGAAAUGUUGUUCUAAAACUGUUCAACAAUUUGCUUACAAAGUGGUGACCCUCGCCCCAUCCUUGUUUGUGAAUUACUUAGCAUUUCAUGGAAGCUGCUUUUAUAGCCAAUCAUGGCACCCACCUGUUCCCAAUUAGCCUGCACACCUGUGGGAUGUUCCAUAUAAGUGUUUGAUGAGCAUUUCUCAACUUUAUCAGUAUUUAUUGCCACCUUUCCCAACUUCUUUGUCACGUGUUGCUGGCAUCAAAUUCUAAAGUUAAUGAUUAUUUGCACAAAAAAAAAGUUUAUCAGUUUGAACAUGAAAUAUGUUGUCUUUGUAGCAUAUUCAACUGAAUAUGGCUUGAAAAGGAUUUGCAAAUCAUUGUAUUCUGUUUAUAUUUACAUCUAACACAAUUUCCCAACUCAUAUGGAAACGGGGUUUGUAUUAGAACUGCGUGUACAAAUAAUGUGGAAAAGUGGUGCACUCUGCCUCAUUUAAAUGAGGAUUUGCAUAUCUGUCACCAUUAAAACUCUCAUUUCCCUCCACGUUUAUGGCAUCAAAAGGUCCAACAUGUUGCAUUGCACACAAAUGUAAUAAUAACCACAUUUUCCAGCCCAUUUUGAAGCACAAUCUAGUCAACAGAACCUAGUAGGUGGGCUCUAUUGGGUGAUGCAGUGUUGUGGUGGUGUGUCCGGAUGCAUAUUGCAAAUAGAGAUACAUUAAUAUAUCUUUUAUAUGAUGAAAAAAAUAGGCCAGCAGACAACAAAACAAAUCAUUUGAAUUUGUUUUAAACAGCCCCUUAAGUCAUUCCGCAGCUAUAAAAUUACAUUGCGUAGACGAUGAGGCCAUGUUUUAUUCAUGACAGUCUGAAUAUGUGGACACGUGCACAAGCAGGAUCGCCUCCUUUCACACAGCCAUUAUUUGUGUGUUGGGGAGGAGACCCUGCCCCAAGUGGAGGAGUUCAAGUACCUAGGAGUCUUGUUCACGAGUGGGGGAAGAGUGGAUCGUGAGAUCGACAGGCGGAUCGGUCUUCAGUAAUGCGGACGUUGUAUCGAUCCGUUGUGGUGAAGAAGGAGCUGAGCCGGAAGGCAAAGCUCUCAAUUUACCGGUCGAUCUAAGUUCCCAUCCUCACCUAUUGUCAUGAGCUUUGGGUCAUGACCGAAAGGAUAAGAUCACGGGUACAAGCGGCCCAAAUGAGUUUCCUCUCCCUUAGAGAUAGGGUGAGAAGCUCUGCCAUCCGGGAGGAACUCAAAGUAAAGCCGCUGCUCCUCCACAUCGAGAGGAGCCAGAUGAGGUGGUUCGGGCAUCUGGUGAGGAUGCCACCCGAACGCCUCCCUAGGGAGGUGUUUAGGGCACGUCCAACCGGCAGGAGGCCACGGGGAAGACCCAGGACACGUUGGGAAGACUAUGUCUCCCGGCUGGCCUGGGAACGCCUCGGGAUCCCCCGGGAAGAGCUAGACGAAGUGGCUGGGGAGAGGGAAGUCUGGGCUUCCCUGCUUAGGCUGCUGCCCCCGCGACCCGACCUCGGAUAAGUGGAAGAAGAUGGAUGGAUGCUAGUUUUAUGCACACUUAAAAUGUGCUAAAUAUAGACAAAACGGCGACUGCUGAACAGUUUCUGUCUUGAUGAAUCACGUUGCAAAUGCUAAAUGAUUAUAUUCGCAUCUCCUCCCAGUUUUGUGCGCAUUCUAGCGUUCGGCAUAAAGACAUUUUUUUUUUUCCCUUGGCCUCAGUCUGCACCUCCACUCCAGGGCCUAGGCUAAGACCGAUUUUUUAAUUGUAUUUUAAUCUUCUAUUUUUUUUCCUUCACCCACCCCCCUUGUUUACCUGAAUGUCAUCUUUUUUGUAAGGGGCGCUGGAAGCCGGCAGACCCGUCAGCGAUCCUGUUCUGUCUCCCUGUAAUGUUUGUCUGAUCUUGAAUGGGAUUGUGCUGAAAAUUGUAAUUUUCCUGAAGGAACUCUCCUGACGGAAUAAAUAAAGUACUAUCUAUCCAUCUACAUACACGCUAAGUAGAUUUACUUUGCUCACAAUACUGCAAGCAGAUGAGCUCUACAUGCGCUAUCAAGUUUGCACAUGUUUUAAUACACGCAAACCUUUUAGGAGAUCAGGCCCUAUCUGGUCCAUCAUGUCUGCAGCAGAGCACAAUUCACUUUUUUUUGUAAUUUUAAAAUAGUGUUUAAAUUUAAUUUGAGCCGAAAAAACUUUCAUAACACACAAGAUGAAAAACAAUAGGAUGGUUUAUUAUUAUGUUCCUCGUUAAAAUACAUUUUAACAGCAAAGUUACUGCCUCCAAACAUGGAAGAUUAUAAUAGUCUUUAUUGAUUUGAUGUGUUUAGCAUUGCUACCUCACAGGGUUGAAAAAAAAAAAAAUCACGUUUGACCUUUCUUUAUUUGCAUGUAAUUGUGUGAGGGUUUCCUUGUUGGUGUAAAAAAAAAAUGUUGUUUUUCUGCUGCCGGGAUUAACACUACUACUCACCAACGUCAGAAAAGGGUGUUUGAUUGUACACGUUUAUUUGUAUUUACAUGUAAGGGAAAAUUGUACACAUUUGUAUGUAUUUACAUGUAAGGGAAACUAGCAAAGGACCCACCUUGAGAUUCAUUGACAGCAUCACACUGUCGGCUUAUGUUUACAAAUGCAUAUCCAUAUUCACUCUUGUAUCGUCAUGGUAACCUGACUGUUGCACAUUUCAACACACUUCAAAAAAAUGCCUUUUUUUUGUUUAUACUGUCCCUUUUUUUUUGCUUGAGUCCGUCUCUCACUGGAGGCGACGAUUUGUCCUUUUAUUUUUUAUUUUCUAGAGGAAUGUUCCGGAGCAAAUGCUGUGGAAAUUUUGCAUCAAAUCCGAACAGAGUGAGGUGGACUUUUACCCAUAAAGAAAACAAACGCAAGUGGUUACUGUUUUACAGCGCCUACACUGUACAUUCUACAUGUAUGAGUUGGUAUUUGCUAUGAUUUGAAACACUCUAGGUUGUUGUAGUGUGUGCGCGUGAGAUGAUUGUAAUGAUAUUUAUUAACGUGUGAAAAGUGUAUUAUAUGUAAAGAAUGAGAAUCCUAAUUUUUAAACUUUGGUUGACACAUCUGUAAAUGCUUUGUGUAGCUUGAAAUGCAUAUAUGGGUAUUGUAUGUGUGCUGUAAACAGCAAUAAAACAAUGCAGUUUUUAA